AUGGGCUCAGCUCAGGAAGUGAAGGAAAUAAUUGCAACCCUAGAAAGAAGCAAGCAAGCAACACUUGUUGGGCCUCCUGGAGUUGGAAAAACAUGGAUGGCAAGGAGACUAAGUGACCGUAUUGCUAGGAGAAACUUCUAUGAUUUUACGCUCUGGAUGUUUAUGUGUAGAUAUUAUAACAGAAAGUCUCUCUCGGAGAGUAUUGCUCGCCAGUUAUGCUUACUUCCUACUACUCAGGAGUGGGAGGUUGAGGAUGAUAGCAAGGGACAAAAAGAUGACGAUGUGGUAGAAGACUUGGAAAGUUUGAUUAUUAAGCUAAGGACCAAACUUGAAGUGGGAAAGUUUCUUCUGAUCCUAGAUGAUUUUCCAGAUGACACAUAUGAUAAGAAUAAGAAUGAGAAUAUAAAGAACUUCUGGUCCGUGUGGAAAGACUUGUUUCCUGCUAACGGCUAUGAUGAAAAGUUGCACAUUCUUUCAAUCUCUAGAUUAAGCAGGAAAGAUGAAGCUACUAUCAAGGAAAAAGCGGAUGUGGUAGUUUUGCAUAGCGUAGAGACUGAUUCGUUGUUGACAGAAAAACUUGAUACUCAAUUGAGACAGUAUAAGAGAAUCCGAGCUCUAGGUAAAAAAUUCAUCGAAAAAAGUAACAGUUUGCCUGGUACAGUUACGAUGAUAGCAAAAGCCUUAAAUUACAUUGGUCUAGAAGCAUCUGGAAUUUCUAUUCUAGAAAAGGAGUUGGAAGAAGCUUCUGAAAACUACAGGGUUAACAGGUUAUUGUGUUUGAAGCAUGAUAUGUUGCCAAUCAGUGUUUUGAAAGAUUUAUGGUGGUGCGGGGACCAUUUCUUUCGUGAUUCUGGAAGUGUUCACUAUAAUGAGCUGAUAACUUACUGGAUCUUGGAAGGAUAUUUGGGUUUUGAUAGCAUGAUGAAGUUGUACGAGAAGGGUCAUGGUAUUCUUAUGGAGCUUAUGGAUUGUGGGAUCCUCAAAGCACACGAGGGUGGUUAUGUUUACAUGGAUAAGUCGCUUAUAAACGUUGAUGAUCUCUACCAGUGUGUUGACCAAAUCGCAAAUCUUGGGUUGGCGACUGUGUUUACUUCUGAUUUAGGAGGUUUUGGGAUAAUCAAACACGAUGAUGGAAUGUUGAAAACACCGCGAAAAGGUAAGAAAUGGCAUAAUAAAGAACAGAAACAAUCAUUAGAGGAAACUGGUCAGAAUCUUUCGACUUUAUUGCUAGAUGGAACAAAUUUUAGUGAGCAAGUCAUGACGCGCUUUCUUGAACCCGAAAAGGAACUUAAAGUUCUUGCUUUAUUCAAUCCCAACAUCAAAUCUUUGCCAAAAGCGUUGGUUAAUAUGAAGCUUCGUGUUCUUGUGCUUAGAGGUUGUGAACAUUUGCUAGACGUCAAGCUCCAUCUCAACACUCUACAUGUUCUUGAAAUCUCCGGUGCUAGAUCUCUGAAAACGCUCAAAUCGUCGUUCUUUAAGAAUAUGGAAAACCUUCAAAGCCUUAAUCUCUCUGGACUACAAAUUGCCAAUUUACCUCAUGCCAUAUACGGUCUUACUAAACUAAAAUGGCUAGUUGUCAAGGAUUGUGGUCGUUUGAAAAAGCUUGAGAGUAUUGCAAAGCUUGAAGAUCUUAAGGUUCUCGACCUCUCUGGUAAUAUCGUUUUGGAUUCUGUCGAUAAAAACUUUUUGAAAUUUAAUAAACUUCAGAGCCUUAAUCUUUCUAAUACCAUGAUUUCAACCACACCAUUGCUCAAACAAAUCAAAGAACUCACUCAUUUGUUCUUGCGUGACUGUAAAAACUUAGGUAGAUUACGAGGACUGACUUCCGUAACCAGUCUUCAAACUCUUGAUCUUUCUGGUUCUACCGAUUUUGAAGAGUUUCAUGAGUCAUCUUUAAAAAGCCUAGUUUCCCUCCGAACUCUUAACCUAACAGAAACAGCUAUUGAGAGUCUUCCUUCUAAUAUUGCAAAUCCUCGUUAUCUCUAUCUUAAAAGUUGUCGUCUUUUAGAACGACUUUCAUGUUUUGAAUCCCUUGUAGACCUUGAGGUACUUGAUCUUUCGGGGUCAGAGAAGCUUUAUGAGAUCCAAAAAGACUUCUUUAAUCAUAUGACACAUCUUCGAGUUCUCAAUCUUUCAGAAACUAAUGUUGAUGAUCUGCCAUCUCUCUCCAAUCUUUCCAACCUUCGUGAACUGCUCCUCUCCCGCUGUGCGGCCUUGGUACAUCUGCCAUCGCUAGAAUCUGUUACAAAAUUGGAGGUUCUUGAUGUCUCAGAAUGUAGGGCUUUAAAAGAUAUAGGAGAUGAUUCUUUCAAGAAUAUGACUCGCCUUCAAAGGCUCGAUCUUUCAGAAACGAAGAUCAAAUCCCUCCCUUCUCUUUCAAAUCUAACCAACCUUCGUUAUCUCUUACUAAAGAAUUGCACCAAUUUGCAGAAUCUUGAACUAAAGGACUCCCUAUUCAAUCUUGAAGAGCUAAAUCUUUCCGGUAUCACUUCUUUGAAACCUUAUGGAUCUGAUUUCAUUAAGGAUAUGAGCAACCUUCAAAUUCUUGACCUUUCUUGCACUCCGGUGAAACAGUUACCAUCCAUGGCAAAACUCACAAACCUUAUUCGUCUAUCGCUCGCAAAUUGCUCGUGUUUAGAAACAUUGCCAGAUUUGGUUCCCUUAAGUAAGCUUGAAGUUUUGGAUCUUUCACAAUCAUCGGUCAAGCAUUUACCAAACUUCAACAAUUCCAACAAACUUCGAGAGCUCCUUCUCGGAGAUUGUUCCAUAGGGGUUCUAGAUUUGGAGUUUAAUGAUUUAUUUGAGCCUAAUCCAAAAAUCCCCCAUUGGAUCUCCGAAUUAAGUCAUCUUGACUACCUCCGAUUUCCAAAUCUCAAGAACAUCCAAGGAGUUGACAGCAGCCAUGUAGAAUGUUCAUCAGAAGAGGUGAUGAAUCAAGACAGAUGGAAAAUCUGCCUGUUGUCUCACAUCGGCAAACCUCCCAUAUUUCUUAGCGGCACUCAGUUUCUUCAAAUUCUGAAGAAAAAUCCUUUGCCACAGGGAUCAUUUCUUUUAUGUGCAAUUCCCUUCAAAAAUGAAGGUGAAACUGGAGAUAGAUAUAUUCAAAGGCAUGAACUUGUCUUUAGAGAUGUCUACUUCCAAACUUGUCAGUUUGCUCGAUAUGAGAGAAACAAGUCGUUACAGAUUCGUGGAUUCAAACAUAUCCCCGAGGGUAUCAAGAACAUUAUCAGUCAAUUCAGCUUGAUCUUUCUGAUUGAUAAUACGUUCGAGAGUUUGCCAUCUGGUUUAGAUGCCUUUGUGCUCGAUGAAUUAAAGGGUUGUUGGAUCGAAAGGUGCGACAAAAUGGUCACUAUUUUUAGCGAGGAGGAAGGAAAAGAAGAUCCACAUUUGGGAAUCACUUUGGAAGAUUUGGGAAUUUCAAAUAACAGUGGUUUAGAAAGUAUAUAUAAAGGGAAACAGCCAUUUAGGAGUUUCAACAAUCUGAAGACUUUGUAUUUGGACAAUUGUCCGAAGCUUUCGACUGUAUUUCCAUCAUCAUGGCUACCAGAAACACUCAAAGUUCUUCACAUCAAACAUUGUGACAAGAUAGUGUCUCUGUUUGAAGCCGAAGGUAAACUUCCACAAUCUUUAGAAACUCUCAAAAUCUGGGAAUGUCCGAAGAUAACGCAGAUUGAAGAAAUCUUCAAAUUCGCCAAAGAUUUGAAGACGUUAUGGAUCUGUGGUGCAACCACUUUGAAGAGCUUGUAUUCUGGAAACAAUGAAUGUAACAACUUCAUCAAUCUUGAAUUUCUAAAAUUGGAAAGUUGCCCGAUGCUUAAAACUGUUAUGCCUUCAUGGUCGCCAUUGGGAAAGAUUACGAGCAUCAAGAUCAGGUCAUGUGAGAAGUUGCAGAUUCUGUUUACUCGCGGUAACUCAACUGGCUAUGAAUUGAAGUGUGUAAACACACUGCUUCUUGAGGAUCUACCGAUGUUGGAAUACAUAGGAGCCAUGAUCCCGUCAUCGAAAAAUGUAGGUAUUUUCGGAUGCCCGAAAUAUGAAGGGAUGAUUGACACCAGAACUGUCUAUGACUAG